AUGCUGAAGAGGUUGCUGGUCAUCUCGUGGGUGGCAGUGCUGGCUUGCUCUGCUCUCCCGGCUUCCGAGAAGAACCCUGGAGACAAUGACCUCAUGGCCACCAUUUAUUCGGAUUGCCUGAAGAAGGAGUCCGUCAGCUGCAUCAAGUACAAGGUCUUCGCCUUCGUCGAUAAAUUGUUAAGAGACAAGGAAGACAUCACCCUCAGCGAGGGCAUCACCGUCGUCAAGACCAACAACGCCGAAGAAGGCGCUCCCAGGUCAAUAGACUCCAGUGAUGUCGACGCUCUUCUCUUCGACCGACUGGGUCGGUUCCUGAAGACGCACUCCGUGAAGGUGGACCUGAAAGGCAGCGACAUCCUUGGGGCCAUCGAGUCUGCAGGACGCAGCCUGGAGGACAUCAGCGACAGCGUGGCCGAGGGUAGAGGAAAGAAGAAGAAGGCUCAGAAGAUCUUGGGACCAUUGCUGAUGGCAGUGGCCUUGAAGGCUGCAGCUUUGAUUCCCCUGGCCUUGGGAGCGAUCGCUCUGAUUGCUGGUAAAGCCCUCCUCAUAGGCAAGAUCGCCUUGGUGAUUUCGGCCAUAAUCGGCCUGAAGAAGUUGCUGUCGCACCAAAAACACGUGACGUACGAGGUGGUAGCACAUCCACACCACAGCAGCAGCCAUGUUGUGAGCCACGAAGAAGCCGGAGGCCAUGGCGGAUACGGAGGUGGCGGUGGCGGUGGCGGUGAUUACGGCGGCGGAUAUUCCGGAGGAAGUGGCGGUGGCUGGGCCAGAAGUCUUCCUCAGGAUGCCCACGACCUUGCCUACAAUGCCCACGUGCCGCACAACGAGGCACCGGCGAAAUAA